AGAGAGAGGAAGAGAGAGAAGGGACAGGCAGCACCAGCAAAGAGAGAGAGAGAAGGAGGAAGAGAGAGAAGCAGGCAGGGAGGGGUGGAUUGCUGCUGUCACACUUUCACACCUAAUGUCUACGUUGGGAUAGAGAGAUUUGAUGUCCGAGGAGGCAGGGUUGGAUGUGAGAGGCAGCAGCGAGGAGAGAAGCAGCCAGGCGCCCAGAGACCCGGAAAGUGAGAGGGCACCAGAGUCCACCCUGAGCGGCACCGCCAACACCACGACUACCACCUCUACCAGCAGCAUCACCUCCAACCAGCACCACAACAACAGCGCUAGCCCCACAGCCGUCUCCAGCAGUAGCAGUAGCGGUGGCUCCAGUGGUGCCAUAGGUGUUAGCAUAGUUAGCCGCAGCGCUAAGGGAGCAGAGGGGAGGUCCUCCAUGCAGUUCAGCACCAGACCUCCCAGUGCUGAGCCUGGCUUCAUGGGGACAUGGCAGCAACAGAGCACUGACCAGAGCAACCUCCUCUUCAGAAUGUCCCAGCAG